AUGCCGUUCUUGCUCCGUUGGUUACACUGGAUUAGCUCAGCAUUCAACCUCUUCAAAGGCGGCCGAUAUGAUGCUCAGGGGCUGAUUGAAGUGCUUCAAGAUGCCGUGGGACCAGACCGUCGGAUCUUUGAUGUCUCCAGAGCAUCGCCGGUUGGAUGUCGAGUCGCCGUUGUAGCUAGUCGUACUGCAGACGGAAAAGCCUGCGUCAUAGCGAAUUAUCGCGGUCCUGGCCAGCGAGACCCUGAUGCGGCCUACCAGUUUUGGACACCUGGGGGCGAGCUCGAAAACCCAUUUCUGUGGCAGGCAGCAGCAUCUAGCGUAGCCGCACCAUUUUACUUUUCCACCCAAACCCUACCUGGCCUAGGCAGUUUGCAGGAUGGAGGGGUGCGAGCCAACAAUCCCCUGGCGAUCGCGCUUCGAGAAUCCAGCGUCAUCUGGCCUACGGCCAAGAAGCACGACUUGCUCCUGUCGGUGGGAACGGGGUUUUCAUCACCCUCGGCCCGGCCCCUGAAAAGUCGCUUUCGAAAACUCCAUGACGGUGCUCUGCCUCGAAUGAUUCAAGCCACUUUACACUCACCAUGUAUGGAUGGGGCACAGGGAUUUGCGGAAGCCUUGAAUUAUCUCCCACUGUCCGCCCGAUCCGACGUACUCCGCUUGGAUCAAGCCAUCCCCGGCCCGCUCCCCGAUUUGGACGACAUCACGCAGCUGCCGAUGUUGUCAUCAUUGGCAUUUACCGUGUCGGACGAGCUGGGCGGCGAGAUUUCAAACUGGGAUGGGCGAGCAUUUAGGCAACGUGGACCUCCAAGACUGCUGUAA